AAAAGAAAGAAGAGAAAAAAAAUUUACCAUUGUUCGACGACACAUCUAAAUCCAACCUUCAAGCUUACGGACUUCAAAUUCGGUGCUUUGGUCGACUUUUUACUUUGGAUCUCGACUUCCCAACCUCCACUAUCAAUCCAACAACGUGACGAGAAUCCUGUUAACCCAUCAGCCUAUCUUACCGGCCUCGUGAUUCACUACUCAGAACAAGAUCAAGCAAUCAUCAACGAUUUCACGAUGUCAUCUGCUACAGGCAGCCUUCUACCUAGCCAACUGGCCUUGAUUUUCACCCACGAACUCAUGAACAUGAGCGCCUGCGAAGCCAGGAACAAAUGGAACAAGCUUGCUGAAGCCAGCGGGCUCAGUAAUCAUGUCGCCAAAAUCCUCGCCAUUGCGCUGGGAAUAGUGGGCACUGUAGGUAGUGGGCCAGAUCAAUGGAUCAGAGCUUUGGAUCAAAUCAUAAGACCCACAGUAUGGAAGAAGGUGGAGCGCGAAAAGGCCAUGAAGUUUGUUGUCGACACAGUCGUACCGAGCAACAAGCCGAGCGAUGGCUCCCACUUCUCUCUACUAUCUUUGGUCUUCAGCCAUUCGCACGAGUUACUCUUGUAUCGUGUCCUUAGCGCUCAAAAUUUGACUUUGGACAGGCUGAUAGUUUCUCCGAGCACCUUUCAGCUGGCCCUUGACGACGAGAUGCAGGCUUAUGCCAAAAAGGGAUUCAACGUCUACUGGAAUGCCUUCGUCAAAGGGCCCUGGGCAGAUGAUUUCGUCAGAGACCAUAUCUAUGAGAAACAUAGCGUUAACAGGUAUAAACUUCCAGGUUUAGCACAGGACAAAACUGGCCACUACAGCAGAAGCGACAUUCAGGAAUGGCUUGACUCUAAAACAAUUCUGAAAUUUUACAAAAGCGUCACCCAGCGGCCGCCCAAUCGCUUGUCUCUGGACCCCAACAACAGCGCCACGCCUAAUGACAAUUUACUCGACAUGUUCGGAUCUCUCACAUUAGAAACAGAUUCUGAUACUGGUGACAAGGGAGAUUCCAAGGAUACGUCCUAAAACAA